UAAGACAACACCAACUAUCCAAUGAUUUAUAAAUAUAAUCUCCAAUCACAGCUUUAACGAGCAGAAUAAACACAGUGUGUAGUUAUUAUCUGAAUUAGUAGAUGUUCCUGCUGAAGGACCAGAGCUGUGAUAUGGGAGCGAUUCACCCUCAAAGAAACAUGCUGAAACAAGAUCGACCUGUGAACGCUGCUUUUGCAGGUCACCUUGGAGGUACAAAUUCGACCCUGCGUAUUCUCGGCAACAGCCAGAGGAUGUUUGAGAAGGAUGGGAACUUCAACUUCCUGGGUCAAGAUGAAAACACAAUGACUGGAGAUGAGAACCGCAACCAAAUGCGUCCUCGAGCUUUGGGCCUGACAAGCCGCUAUCCACCAACUUCUGCUAACCACUACGUGCCUGGACCCCUGUCUCCCCUGUCUCGCCUUCCCUGCUGGAGCCCCCUGGAACCUCUUCCUGAGAUUGACAGUGGAGAAGACACUGGAGGCAGGGUGCCUCCUGACGGAGCAGAAGAGGGCAAAAUAGAUGAGGAGAUGAGGAGAAUGAGUGAUGAUGAGAAGGAGGAAGAGCAAGAAGACCUUAUGAAAGGUAAAGCACAAGAACGGGUGGAGGAUAUAGAAGAAGAUGGGGUGUUGGACUGGGAAGAAAGCGAUGAAGACUUUGAGUUCAGUUACAGGUCAGAAAGCUCUUCACCUAUUACCAUUGAGAGCGGGGAUGUAACUGGGGGAGACUCCCUGAACUUUACGUGGGACCGCAUCUGUGUGGGAGGUUCAAACUCAGAAAAUAGUGAUGCAACCACAAACCUGGAGGGAAAACAAAAUGCUGAAGAGGACAAGAAAGCUGAGAUGCACCGUAAGAGGCUGGGAGGUUCUAGCUUAGCUGAAGAAGCGUCCUCCGAUUCAGAGAGUGAUCCCUGCUCUGAACUGCCAGAACUCAUGGAGGCUGUAUGGACCUUGGAAGACCGAGAACGGUUCAAAGCCGAGGAGAUGGAAAAGCACCAUGUGCAAUUGACCAUGUACCGUAGGCUCGCCCUGAUCCGUUGGGUGCGCACCCUGCAGGAACGUGUCCAAGAACAGCAGAACCGACUCCAGUCCAGCUUUGAUAUCAUCCUCACUCACAGGAAAGAGCUGCUUCGCAUGGGCUCAGCUGCAGCUGCCGUUAGCCAGUAACAACACCAGAAGAGAGAAAAAACAAGAGCAAGAGAAAGCAGAGGCAAGGAGGGUCAAGCAGAAACAAAUGACUAAGAACAGUGAUAGAGAAGACCCUUUUAACUAAAUAAUUUCCUGAAUCCCACAUCUGUCAGUCUGGUCUUGUAUAUGUCUGUGCUUCAGACUCUGUUUGUGUCUUUGCUAUCAUACAUUGUCCUUGAAGAUACAUCAGUGCAGUGCUGAUGUAUAGGGAAAGGUUUAGGGAAAGGUUUAUGUGCAUAUCUUUUUAUCAUAGAAUUUCUGACAGUUCAUCAGGUUUGACUUUUGUGUGUUAAUGAAUGAAUAAAUAUUUAAGUUUUAUUUUUAUUGGGUGUCCCUUAAUGAAUACUGUAGAUGCCAAGAUUAUCGAAUGAAACCAGUUCACUAUGAUACAAAAAAAAACAGGCAGACAACAUUUAGCCAGACAAUGAAAACACUUUCUAAUUGUAAUAAUUGUAUGUCACAACAAAAUUUCACAGGAUGUCACUGCACCUUUUUUGUCUAAGCUUUCUUUCCAUUAAUAAAACACAUCCAAAGACAUGAUA